CUACCAUAACUAUGAAGCAUAUAUUUAUUAAUAUUAAUAAUAAUAAUAAUUGUUAUUAUUAUUAUUGUUAUUUAAUUUAAUAAUACUCUCUUCAUUGUCAAUUCCAUGUUCAGUUGAGUUGUGAUGUGUUGUGUUGUGUUGUGUUGAGUGAUCAAUCAUACACAAACUCACACUUUCCAUUCUCUUCUCUUCUUCUUUUCUCUCUCUUUUUGCUCUUUCUCUUUCUCUUUCGUUUUCUCAUACUUUGUUUUUUUCAGUUUUCUUCUUUGGGUUUGUAAUUUUCGGUUUUCCGAAUCCAUGAUUGCAUCUCGCCGGGGAAUCCUAACGCCGCCGUCGAUUCCUGAUCUCCGGUGACCGGAAAAAGCUGCCGCUCGUCAAUCCAAAUCCCGGCAUGGAAGGCCGACACAGCACAGUGGAGACGGUGAACGCCGCCGCCACCGCCAUCGUCACCGCCGAUGCCAGAGCCCAACCCACCGCCGCGCCGAAAAAACGCUGGGGAGGCUGCUGGAGCCAGUAUUGGUGUUUUGGAUCUCAUAAAAGCAGUAAAAGCAGCAAGCGAAUUGGCCAUGCUGUGCUUGUUCCAGAACCUGUUGCACCAACAGGUCCAGCUGCUCCUGCCGCACCAAAUCCUUCAACUGCUAUUGUAAUGCCUUUCGUCGCCCCUCCAUCUUCUCCGGCAUCUUUUCUCCAAUCUGAUCCACCAUCUGCUAUUCAAUCACCAGUUGGGUUACUUUCACUCUCUUCUCUUGCUGUCAAUGCUUACUCUUCUAGUGGUCCUACAACCAUGUUCACUAUUGGUCCGUAUGCCUAUGAGACCCAGUUAGUUUCUCCACCUGUGUUUUCCAACUUCACAACUGAACCAUCCACUGCUCCUUAUACGCCCCCACCAGAAUCCGUGCAGCAGACAACACCUUCAUCCCCUGAGGUUCCAUUUGCUCAAUUGUUGGCAUCUUCACUGGACCGUGCUCGUAAAAGUAAUGGGAAUCAGAAGUUUGCAUUAUACAAUUAUGAAUUUCAGCCUUAUCAACAAUAUCCUGGAAGCCCGGGUGGCCAACUGAUAUCACCUGGAUCAGCAAUUUCAACUUCUGGCACCUCAACCCCAUUCCCUGAUAGACCCCCUACUCUUGAAUUCCACAAAGGGGAAACACCAAAGAUCUUGGGUGUCGAACACUUCUCCACUCGAAGAUGGAGUUCAAGAUUAGGAUCCGGAUCCUUGACACCAGAUGGUGCAGGGCAAGGUUCAAGACUAGGUUCAGGAUCUUUGACUCCCGAUGGUGUUGGGCUUGCUUCACGAUUAGGUUCUGGCUGUGGGACACCUGAUGGUCUGGGGCAGGAAUCCAGGUUAGGUUCAGGCUGUUUGACACCUUUUAGUACUGGACCAACCAAUCCAAACAACAUCUAUGUGCAAAGCCAGCUUCCCAAGGAAGCAACUCUCGCAAACUCGGAUGGCACACACCCGAGUAAUGCAACAGUAGUUGAUCACAGAGUUUCAUUUGAAUUAACGGGGGAGGAUGUUGCUCGAUGUCUCGCGAAUAAAACGGGGCUUUUGCUUCGAAACAUGUCAGGGUCUUCACAGGGUAUACUGGCCAAAGACCCUUUUGACAAAGAAAGGGUACAACAAAAAGAUCCCAAUAGUUGCUGUACAGAGAAAACAGAUGACAAGCCUGACAACAAUCCUGUAGUAGGAGGAGAGCAAUGCUUUGACAAGCAAAAUUCUGUAAAUUCUUCCAAAGAAUUCAUUUUUGACAACACAAAAGGUGAUGUUUCUGGCACUGCUGCCAAUGGCCCUGAGUGGUGGACUAACAAGAAGGUUGCUGGGAAGGAAGGUAGAUCAUCCAACAGUUGGGCUUUCUUCCCAAUGUUACAGUCAGAAAUGAACUGAUAAGGUUUAGUUUAUUGCAACAUGACUUAACCUGUAUGGUAUAUAUAAAGCAAAAAAGAUUUUCAAAUUUAUCUGCAGAACCUUUUGUAUACACUGAAUGUAUAUCCGAAGACUUUGUCUUGAAUGCUGUUCAUCAUCAUAUGCCUUUGAGGAAACUGUAGAAAUUGGAUGACCGAGAGCGAGACUCGGAUGAAACAAAGUUGUUAUAUUAUAUUUAUUCCUUUAGGAUCCAAAAAGUAGAAUGCAAGGGGAGCAUAGUUUGUAGGUAGGGACCUAUAUUUAUCAUAUAUAAUUCUAUGGAACAUUACUUCUUGCAUUUCAUCGUUUCAAAUAUAUACAGAAAUAGCAAAGUACAGGUAUUUCGUGUUGUG